AUGGGCCGCACUGAACCAUCACAAGGUCUGGCACCGCCUAGCUUCCGCCGCGAUGCGAGGGCGAAGAAAGCUAAAGCUACCAUCAACAAAGUGAUACCGGGCCUACUCUCUGCUCAUCCCCGCGCAAAACGUGGAGCAGAAGCAUCAGAGUUGAUCAUCGAGCCACCACCACGCAAAACUCAGAAGGCGGCGACUUCGAAUGGCAAAAACGGGUCGUCGUCGUCCUCCCCACCGACGCAACAGCUGAACGGUGGGCCCAGACUGGUUCUACAAAAUGCAGACACACUGACCGCAGCUCACUCGCUGCUGCGCAAUCAGACGACUGGAAAGAUUGACCUCGGCAACAAAGAUGCCAAAGUGGCCAUCUUAAAUAUGGCAUCACCGCUCUCACCUGGUGGGGGUUUUGUCAAUGGAGCCAGUAGCCAGGAAGAGUCACUUUGCAUGCGCAGCACUUUACUCUCCUCGCUGAAGGACGAGUUCUAUCGCUUACCAGAGCUUGGAGCAGUCUACACAUCUGAUGUCCUCGUGUUCCGUGACGAGAAUAGCGAAGACCUGGAGAAGCGAGAUCGCUGGUUCGUGGACUGUGUAAGUGCAGCCAUGCUCAGGAUGCCAGAAACAGAAGUCGACGAGGACAACGGGCGCGGAAAAUAUGUAAACGAUAAAGAUCGCGACAUUAUCAUGCAGAAGAUGAGAAUAGCCAUGAGAAUCUUUCAGGCCAAGGGUGCAAAGAAGAUCGUGCUAGGCGCUUGGGGUUGCGGAGCUUACGGUAACCCUGUUGGUGAGAUAGCUACCGCAUGGAAAAAGGUCCUGGUCGGCGGCAAGAAUAAAGGAAAGUUGAAGGAGUCCUGGAGCGGGAUUGAGGAUGUUGUUUUCGCCAUCAAGGACUCUGGCCUAGCAGACAGAUUUGGACGAGCUUUUGGUAAGGAGUUGGUCCGACAUGAACCCGAAGUUCCGUCAGAGAACGAGCUGGAAGAUGACACCGAAGCACUGAGAAUGAAGGAGAUGGAAGAGAAGAUUCAGGAGAUCGAAGCUCGCAUGGAUCAGACCAAGAGCGACCAAGUCAGAGCAGGGCUUAGCAGUAUAUUGAGAGGACUGAGGAGCCAACUUGGUGAGCCACAUCAUUCAGACAAGGGCCACCAACGGCAGGGCGAGUACCUAUCAGGUACAGCAUCAGGGGAAGAUACCGACGACAUGGAUAGCAGAGAUGAAGAUGACGAUUAA